AAGUUCACCCCCAAGGCUCCAACAUCUCUAUACAACAACAAAGGUUCCAAACCCUCACCAAGCCGGCCAGAAACGUAACCUUCACACCUCACCGAAUCUGCUAACGCCCAAUAAACAACUAUACCUACAAUCAGACGUGUCCUAAACGUCCCGCGACCGCGCUUUACACCCCUCACCACACCCCUCAUACCUAAUACAACUCCUCCAUCGCAUCAAAAUGUCUCUCCCCAACGAAGCUUUACAAAAGCUCCUCAACGAACUCGAAAGCCGCAUCAUCACCUCGCAACAACAAAUUGGCCUGACCAAGGCCCAAAUGACUACAAAACAGAAAGCUAUCAGAUUGCUAGACUUGACGUCUAGUGAGAUGAGCUCGUUGCCCAAGGAUACGCGCAUCUAUGAGGGUGUAGGGAAGAUGUUUGUGGGCGUUCCGAUGUCAACGGUUGAUAAGCGACUUGUGGCUGAGAAGGCAGAGCUUAGGUCGGAGGUGUCGGGGCUGGAAAAGAAGUUGAGUUCGCUGGAGUUGACGCACAAGAAUAGUAUGGAGCAUUAUGAGCGGUUUGUGAAGUCUGGGGGUAAGGCUUGAUCUGGGGGUGGGGUUGAGCUGGGAUUUUGGCGCGGGUCCUGGCUUUGAGGUUAUUUGAUAAUACACCCUGAAUAUGGGGAUUGGUGGGAUAUAGGAAGAAGGGGGUUUGGGAACAUGGAGCGCUUAUUAUCAGGGCCUGAGUGUGUUGUUCGACUUUAAGUACGAGGUAUGCCGUUACACAUGCUGUGAUGCUGCUGUGCGGAAACCACUCAGCGCUUGGAUAUGCGAGAGUAUUCAGGUAACGUACGGUGCUUUGGCUGUGAUACAUACUGGCUGGACCAGUCGCUGGCGUAUCGGCUACUCCAAUGCCUGGCGAGUGCUAUUGGUUGGUUGUUGGUGUUGAUCCAGGGAGUUAAAGCUUGGCCUACUACUAGUAGUAUGUUCAAGUUCUUGUUUCAUUGAUUGCCCGCAGAUGCGAUCACCAGGAUAAAAAACAUUACACUACUCUAAUCGAUCUUUGUCUCGAUUGUUCUUUUGUAUCUUGUGUUGUAUAUGAGUUCCUGGGUUGGGGGAGUCUUCUUUCAUCUGCCACUGAAU